GUUAAAUUCCACUAAAGUGAAAAAAAAGAGCGACCCUAAUCACGAUGGCCAAAUUCUCCUUUUUUUAGCGAUUUUUAUUAAAAAAAAUAUAUAUUAUAUUGUAUGAGAAUACAUGCAAGAGGAACACCCUUAUCAUUUGAGCGAAGUGUAAGCAGAAAAAUUAAAUAUGGAGUGAGGAUAAAGAGACCCAUCUAUCUACAAAUUCUAUUUGUUCAAUAGACCUUUGUCAAUGGAAAUACAAUGGUAAGAAAACAAAUUAGAUAGAAAAAGUAAAUAAAAUAGGGGCUUAUGUUGGAUUGGCACGAUAUAAAUCCAAAUAGGAUUAAGAAAGAGGUAAAUUGUGUCUAAAUAAUUAGACAACGAGGAAUACUAAUAAUCUUCUCCUAUCCUACUUUUUUAUUCAUUUAGUUCUUCAAUUAACUCAAAGUUCUUUCUUUUUCUUUAAAGAAUUCCGCCUUCCUUAAAAUAUCAUAAACAGUUCUUGUCGGUUGAGCACCCUUUUCAAGGAAAUAGAGAAUAGCUGGAACAUUUAAACAAGUUUGAUUCUUUAUCGGAUCAUAAAAACCUACUUUUCGAAGAUCUCUUCCUUCUCUUCGAGAUCGAACAUCAAUUGCAACGAUUCGAUAGACAGCUUAUUGGGAUAGAUGUAGAUAAACAACGCCCCCCCUAGAAACGUAUAGGAGGUUUUCUCCUCAUACGGCUCGAGAAAAUGAUUCGAAUUUCUGUCGAUAAUAAUAGAAAUUAGACUAUGACGUCCAUUAAUUUCCUUACAGAAAAAACAAAUUUCAUUUAUACUCAUGACUCAAGUUGGCUAAUUCUGCCUGAGAAACUUCGAAGGCAAAAUCCUUCAAAAAUUUUUGAGUCGUCUUUAAACUCUUUUCUUUGUCUCAUUUCGAACGAAUUGACUUUUAUUCCUUAUUCUGAUCCAACUCUGUUGUUGAGACAAUUGAAAAUUGUGUUUACUUGUUCUGGAAUCCUUUAUCUUUGAUUUGUGAAAUCCUUGGGUUUAGACAUUACUUCGGGAAUUCCUAUUUUUUUCUUUCAAAAGAGUAGCAACAUACCCUUUUUUCUUAUUUCCUUCGAUAAAGCAUUUAUCUCUUCUAUAGAAAUCUAAUAAGGGGGAUUGAUUCUGAUAUACUUUUAUUGGACUUUCUUCGUAUUUUAACCUUUCGAUUUAUUUCUAUAUUAAGGAUAGACUGACAAAGUUGGCCUAAUUUAUUAGUUUUCACUAACCCUAGAUUCUUUCCCUUGAUAAAAAAUAAACUCUGUCCUCUCGAGCUCCAUCGUGUACUAUGUUACUUAAACCCUGCGCAAAUUUGGUUCGGAACGAAUAGAACAGGCUAUGUCGAGCCAAGAGCAUUUUCAUUACUAUGGAAAAUGAUGGAUAGCAAAAUCCACAAUCGAUCAUGUCCUUCAAGUCGCACGUUGCUUUCUACCACAUCGUUUUAAACGAAGUUUUACCAUAACAAACAUUCCUCUUUUCAUUGCAAAGUGGUAUAGAAAAUUGAUCCAAUAUGGAUGGAAUCAUGAAUAGUCAUUGGUUUUGUUUUUUGUAUACUAAUUAAAAUUAAAACUUGCUAUCUAUGGAGCAAUAUGGAUAAAAGAAAGUAAGUAUUUAUCCGGGAAGCCUCCGCCAAGAUCCAAUUUAUUUAAACCCAUAUUCGAAUUCUAUCAUAUGAAUGAAACAUAGAAAAAGACGACUAAACAAGUUUGCUUAAAACUUAUUUAUUAUUAAAUUUCCACCCUCAACGGAUGGCUCGAGAUGAUCAAUCUUGAAGUGAGAAGAGAAGGAUUGACUCUUCCUCAAUAAAUAAACUAUCAACCUCCAAAAAAGUUUAAUUCAUUUAAUUACUAGAAUUAGAAUUCUAUUAGUAAUAUAUUUUUUCCGUACCAAAAACAAUUAACUAUAAUAACUAAAUAAACUAUUCCAAUGAAUAGAUUGAAAGUUUUUGGUAGUUAAUUGUUUUUGGUACUUCUUCGACUCGAAGACCAAAAGGAAGAAAAAAAUAUGAUUAAGUGAUUAUUAAGUGAUUAUUAAGUGAUCAUAGUAGAGGCAUAUCCUGAAUGUGCCUGCUAGAUCCCAUUUUUUUCAUGAAAAUAAAGGUAGUCAAUUUGACUGGACUUAAGACUUUAUUAUGUUUUCUGAGAAAACAUAAGAUAUCAUUAUUCUCUUUAAUAAACUUUUGUCUCAUACGGAGUACUAUAUGAUUUCACCGUUUGUUUCAUCAGAAACAAUCUGGGACGGAAGGAUUCGAACCUCCGAGUAACGGGACCAAAACCCGCUGCCUUACCACUUGGCCACGCCCCAUUUCGGGUUUUAUGCGACACUAAUAAACACUAUUAUGUUUAUUUGUUAUUCGUCAAUACCAUUUCAAUUACAUAAAUAAAGAAGAGAUAUUCUCUUGCUAGUAUUCUACACAUGCAGAUAAUAUAGAAUCAAAAAAAUGCAUUGAUCAUUACAUGGAAUUCUAUUAAGAUAUUAUAUGAAAGUCGAAUUUAUUCCACUCUCAUUUGAGAGUGCGAAUACAAGGAGGUAUUUUGUGUUUGGGAAAGUCCGAAGAAAAAAAGAUUUUGAAUCUGCCUUUUCCUUCUUUCCCUUAAAAAAAUAACUCAAUCAAAAUCCAAUUAUUUACUCUACAAGAAUGAAAUGCUUGUUAUGCCUAAUAUACUUAGUUUAACCUGUAUCUGUUUUAAUUCUGUUCUUUAUCCUACUAGUUUUUUCUUUGCCAAAUUGCCCGAAGCUUAUGCUAUUUUCAAUCCAAUCGUGGAUAUUAUGCCUGUUAUACCUCUAUUCUUUUUUCUAUUAGCCUUUGUUUGGCAAGCUGCUGUAAGUUUUCGAUGAAAUCUUUAGUACUCUGUAUGCCAAAUUGAAUGAUGUGUUCAUUCCAAAAAAAAAAAUUAAAAUGGGUAAAAGCCGAGAAGUUUUAUAUUUUUAUAUUAUGAACCCUCAAUUCUAAAAUUGAAAUUAUUCUACAUUGAAUGGGUAGCUACAGCAAUAAAUUUGGAUCAGCCUUUCUACUCCCCUGCACCUAGGUUGAGCAGGUACCUUUAGGUACCUACACAAUACCUAUUCAAUACCACCUAACCCUAUUUUUGCUAUUGAUAAGAGUUCUUAUUAUAAAUGAAUUCUUGCAAUUUUUUUCCAGAAUUCAUUUUUGCAUUUUUAGGUAUCAAAAAAAACCAUCCUAGUGGAUCCGUGUGGUAAGGAAAAACUGGUAAUCUAUUCCUUAAAAAAAAAUCUUGGAGAUUAUGUAAUGCUUACUCUCAAACUUUUUGUUUAUACAGUAGUGAUAUUCUUUGUUUCACUCUUUAUCUUUGGAUUCUUAUCUAAUGAUCCAGGACGGAAUCCUGGACGCGAGGAGUAAAAAUUCAAUUUUUUUUUUUUCUUACAAAUUGGAUUUGUUUCGUACAUUUAUCUAUGAGAAAAUCCGGGGGUCAGAAUUCUUUCCAGUUUGAAAGUCCCAAAUGAUCCAAGGGAGCGGAAAGAGAGGGAUUCGAACCCUCGGUACAAAAAAAUUGUACAACGGAUUAGCAAUCCGCCGCUUUAGUCCACUCAGCCAUCUCUCCACGUUCCAAAGCGAAAGGUUUCCGUGAUAUGAUAUAGGCAAGAAAUAAGAAAUAACGGUUGCAAAAAACCCCUUUUUUUCUUUCAAAAGUCUAUAAAAAUUAUAUUGCCAAUUCCAUUUUAGUUAUAUUCUUUUUUCUUAAUGUUAAUAAAAAAAAGAAGAAAAUUCUUGUUUUUUCUUUGUAAAAAUCGAUAUUGACCGAGAGACAAUCAAAUAGAUUUUCUCUUUAGCGGGCAUUUCCAUAUAGGACUUGUUAUAAUUAUAAUAAAACAAGCUAUAUAUAAAAAAACGCUUUUUUUUUUUUUGUCGAUUAUUUAUCAAGAAAGCAAAAAGGGUUCUUAUCAAAUCCACCAUAAAAUUGGAAAGAAGCAUAAAGUAAGUAGACCUGACUCCUUGAAUGAUGCCUCUAUCCGCUAUUCUGAUAUAUAAAUUCGAUGUAGAUGAAAUUGUAUAAGCGAAUUUUUCGUAUUUCCUUAGACUUAGACCGCGCAAGACAAGAAUUUUUCGCUAUUUACGAUUUCAUAUUCUUGUUACUAGAUGUUCUAUAGGAAUAAGAAGAAAUCGCAACUCCUUUGCGCUACACAUAAAAAUUGAUUUCGAAGGUCCUUUUUUUUUUCAGAAUCCUCCAUUUUAGUUCUUCCCCCCAUGCAAUAGAGAGGGAAUGGGAAAAAAGGGGUUACUUUUAUUUUCAUUUUUCCCUUAAAAGAUAGACUUUGAAAUAGGAGUCUUGGAAUAAUGCUGAAUUCAAAGGUUUAUUUCUAUAAGUAUAAGAUAAGAAAAACAAAUCGAAUCAAAUUCAUGGAUUUACAACGACCUCGGUUGUGACUCCAUAGAUAAAAAUGGAAAAUUUCUCUCUUCGAGACCAUUGAAAAAGGGCAUUGAACGAGAAAGAAAUCGUCCACAGAUAUAAAACUAUCAUAUGCCUUGGAAAGUGAUAUGAGGUGCUCGGAAAUGGUUGAAGUAAUUGAAUAGGAGGAUCACUAUGACUAUAGCCCUUGGUAGAGUUCCUAAAGAAGAAAAUGAUCUAUUUGAUACUAUGGAUGACUGGUUACGAAGGGACCGUUUCGUUUUUGUAGGAUGGUCUGGCCUAUUGCUCUUUCCUUGUGCUUAUUUCGCUUUAGGGGGUUGGUUUACAGGGACAACUUUUGUAACUUCUUGGUAUACCCAUGGAUUGGCAAGUUCCUAUUUGGAAGGUUGUAAUUUCUUAACCGCAGCAGUUUCUACCCCUGCCAAUAGUUUAGCACACUCUUUGUUGCUACUAUGGGGGCCAGAAGCACAAGGAGAUUUUACUCGUUGGUGUCAAUUAGGCGGUCUAUGGACUUUUGUAGCUCUCCACGGGGCUUUUGCACUAAUAGGUUUCAUGUUACGCCAAUUUGAACUUGCUCGGUCUGUUCAAUUGCGGCCUUAUAAUGCAAUCUCAUUCUCUGGUCCAAUUGCUGUUUUUGUUUCGGUAUUCCUUAUUUAUCCACUGGGGCAAUCUGGUUGGUUCUUUGCGCCGAGUUUUGGCGUAGCAGCGAUAUUUCGAUUCAUCCUUUUCUUCCAAGGAUUUCAUAAUUGGACGUUGAACCCAUUUCAUAUGAUGGGAGUUGCCGGAGUAUUAGGCGCGGCUCUGCUAUGCGCUAUUCAUGGAGCAACCGUAGAAAACACUCUAUUUGAGGACGGUGAUGGUGCAAAUACCUUCCGUGCUUUUAACCCAACUCAAGCUGAAGAAACUUAUUCAAUGGUCACUGCUAACCGCUUUUGGUCCCAAAUCUUUGGUGUUGCUUUUUCCAAUAAACGUUGGUUACAUUUCUUUAUGCUAUUUGUACCCGUCACCGGUUUAUGGAUGAGUGCUAUUGGCGUAGUUGGCUUGGCUCUGAACUUACGUGCCUAUGACUUUGUUUCCCAGGAAAUCCGUGCAGCGGAAGAUCCUGAAUUCGAGACUUUCUACACCAAAAAUAUUCUUUUAAACGAGGGUAUUCGUGCGUGGAUGGCAGCUCAGGAUCAGCCUCAUGAAAAUCUUAUAUUCCCUGAGGAGGUUCUACCACGUGGAAACGCUCUUUAAUGGAACUUUCGUUUUAGCUGGUCGUGACCAAGAAACCACCGGCUUUGCUUGGUGGGCUGGGAAUGCCAGACUUAUCAAUUUGUCCGGUAAACUACUUGGAGCUCACGUAGCCCAUGCCGGAUUAAUCGUA